AUGUCACGUCUGUGGAGCCCAGCUCUCUUUCUGCUGCUGCUGCUGCUGAAGUUAGCUUUGGCCGAUCAGCAUUCCUGCUCAGGUCCAGAGAGGAGAUGUGACUUUGUGUGCGACUGCUCUGACUGCAGUGAUGAACAAGACUGCGGAUACAGGGGAAAAGAGUUUGUGUGCGACUUCGAGCAUGAGGGCGGGUGUGGAUGGACUGCUGCUGCCCCAAGUGACACAUUCAGAUGGGAGAGGCAGCAGAGAGAUCUCCUGGCGGCCGACAGCGGACCAUUAUCUGACUACACCACAGGGACAGCCAAAGGUUGGUUUAUGGGGGUGACUGCAGUUGAGGCAUUGAAUACAGGAGCAGUUUUAGUUUCUCCUGAGAUGAAGCAGUCUGCACCAACGUGUCGCCUUCGUCUCCGAUACUUCAUCUGGACUGGAGAUCCACAAUCUAUACUUUGGGCCACCAUCCACUACCGUGAAGGCCCCGAGUCUGUCAUCUGGCGCCAAUCCACAUCCAAUAUACGAGACUGGAGGGAAGCCACAAUCUUCAUCGGUCGCAUCUCUGAAGACUUCCGAAUCCAUUUUCAUGCCAAACAUAGUCUUGUACGAAGAGGGGACAUUGCCAUCGACCAGCUGGAGUUUCUGGACUGUGGUUUACCCUUACCGCCUCUUGGUGACAAAUGUCCUGAAGGCACACUGACAUGUAGAAAUGACGCCUGUGUGGCGUCUCAUAAGGUGUGUGAUGGCAGCGACGACUGUGGGGACGGAACAGAUGAGAUUUGUGACUCCCGGCUCUGUGACUUUGAGCAUGACGAGUGCGAUUGGGAUCUGAGGUCGCUAUCCAACCUGCUCUGGGUGAGAACCAAUCAGAGAAGCAUCUCUGAGACGGACCCGCUUAAAGGACCAGGCCGGGACCACUCCACCAACACGGCAUCAGGUCACUUUCUGUACGUCACCGUCCCCAAUGGAGGUCUCAAAAAAGACUGGGCUGCAUUCCAAAGUCCCCUUCUAGAACCAACUGACAGUGCGAAUCCUUGCAAGAUGACCAUGUACACACACCAGUUUGGGCCAAGGUCUGGAGGCCUGACAGUGUUGGUGGCUGCAAAGAAAAUCUACCCAGUGUGGGAAAGAGGUGGUGCCCUCGGUGACGUUUGGGUGAAGGCUGAGGUGGAGAUCGUCUCGGAGCAUCCUUUUCAGAUUGUGUUCAUGGCUGCUAUAAGGGACUUUUAUUAUGGAGGGAUUGCGAUAGACAGCAUUUUGUUGUCUCCAGGGUGUAAAAAUUCAUCAGAUGAUUUCAGCUGGGCAGAUUUUCCCGACCCUCCUAAAAAUCCGUGCACCACACCGGACAAGAUUUGCAAUUUUUACCCGGACUGCUUGAACGACGAGGACGAAGCUAAAUGUGGAGAUUUCUCGUACCCCAAUGGCAGCACUGGCUGGACUGACAGCAGCAUUGGCAGUCAAGGCUGGGUGCUGCACAGGAAUUCCACAUCAAACGAGGAUCAUCUGUAUGUGAGCGAGGCCUCAGGUCAACAGCUGACUGAUGCUCAAACACGAACCCCACUACUGGGACCCACAGGUCCGGCCUGCAGCGUCACUUUUCAGUUUUCCCUCACUGGAAAUUCAGAGCACAUCGGUGAGGUGUCUCUGCUGGUGUUUGACAAUCAACUGGAUCUUCAGUCUAAACUGUGGGAGUUCAGUGGAAAGACCGGGACCCAGGAGGAGGAGGGCUGGAGAGAAGUUCAAGUUCCCCUCGGCGUCAGAAAACAUCGUUUCCAAUUGGUGUUCGAAGCUCGUUCUGUGAAACUCUCCGCAAGUUCCAACAUCAGAGUGAGAAACGUCAUUUUCAACAAUUGCAAUCCUGAGUAUAUCCCAUCGUCCCCAUCCGGUCUAGCGUGCAACUUUGAGGGUGGGCUGUGUGGCUGGUACCAGGACAACAGUGACAGCUUCGACUGGACAGUUGUGGAGGGGAUGGACCACACUAUCGACACAGGUAAAAGUCUGGUUGUGGAUUUUUGGAGUGCAUCUCUUCGUGGGGCGUACGGACGAUUAGUGUCGUACACAUUGCCAUCUAGUGCACAACAGCAGUGUCUCUCCUUCUUCUUCAAGCUCUAUGGACCAAAUCCAGGAGCCCUUAACGUGAAGGUAAUUGGCCAGUCAGGUUAUGAAUUGACUAUCUGGACUCGGAGUGGAGAUCAUGGUAAUGUGUGGCAAGAAGCCCACUGCCCAGUGCCGCCCCAGCUCACCAAUGUGCAGCUUUCGAUUGAAGCGGUUCGUUCUGGCUUUGAUGGCCAAGUGGCCAUAGACGAUGUUUCCCUGAAAAUGGACAGCUGCUCUGUGGCCCGGUUUUGCUCAUUUGAGGAACAACAGUGUGGAUACUCAAGCUCUGGAGAACAGCGUUGGGUUUGGAAUAAUGGAUUGCAUGAGAUACCAGGCCCCCCAACUGACCACACUCUGGAGACAGAUACUGGCAACUACAUGGUGGUAAGCUCCCUGCGUGCUGGCUCAGCAGCGGUCCUCACUUCCCCUGUAAAUGGAGGAAUAGUCAGGACUGAGUGUGUCCAUUUCUGGUACUACACCAGUGGUGUGAAUUCCGGUUCCCUGUCUGUUUAUGUGACGCCUGUGAAGGGAAAGAGGGUGAAGAUCUUUUCCGUCACUCUAAACCUUCAAAAUGCCUGGGUCCAUGGAAGCGGGAACAUCUCCACUACACUCACUGACUGGCAGCUGGAUUUUGAGGUGAUUGGAGACGGAACGGUUCGUUCUUAUGUGGCCAUUGAUGACAUCUCCCUGUCGCUUCAGCCCUGCGACAGUCCUGGUUUGGAGUGUACUUUUGAAGAGGGCAUGUGCAACUGGAGCAACAGCCUGAAUCCCAAACUGGACACCUUAGACUGGGUUCGAACAAGGCAGAUGGAUGAGAAACACUACCUCACCCCUUUCAUUGACCACACUGUGGGGACAGAAGAAGGUUACUUCCUAUUGUUGCCAAGUACUGAGCGAACAUCAGCUGGUCAGAACGCCCGGCUGUUGAGUCCUCCACUUCCUCCAACCAAAGGCACCUGCCUGAAGUUUUGGGCUUUCAUUCCCAUGUCAUCUGAGGCCCAGCUGAAGGUGUGGAGGCUUUCUGAGGGUUGGCUCAAUCCCCUGCUGUUGGUAGAAGAGUUGGGCGUCGCGUGGAAACGAUUCAGUGUGGACAUCAUUGCUGCAGAACAAUAUCAGAUAGUUUUUGAGGGGAUCAGAGGCACCUCUGGUUUUGUGGCUCUGGAUGACAUAAGAUACACAAUCGGCGUCAACUGUGAAAACCAAGUCAAGGACUCAACUUCAAAGAGCGACAACACUGGUGGCAUAGUGGCAUCAGUUAUCGUGGUCCUGCUACUGAUCGCCGCGCUCAUCACGCUGCUUGUUUUGUAUCUGCGAUCGAAAACACAGUCUUCACCAUCAACACGCCCAGCGUCUUCCUCCUCCUCUGGCUUUCCUAAUGCGUCGUACGACAGCAGAUAG